AUCGUGACCGCGCGCCGCGCUGCGUGUGCGUCUGGCUGCACCGCACACUCCGCGAACACGGACGACACCGGCGAUAUGGUCUCCGUGGGCGCAUGGAGGCGCCGCACGCCCGACGAGUGCGAGGAGCGCUCCGAACCCGGCGCGUCCAGCUCCGGAGUCCCGCGCGCCCCUCCCAACUGUGCCCGCUGCCGCAACCACCGGCUCAAGAUCGAGCUGAAGGGCCACAAGCGCUAUUGCAAGUACCGAUAUUGUACCUGCGAAAAAUGUCGCCUGACGGCUGACAGGCAGAGGGUGAUGGCAUUACAGACGGCGCUGAGGCGUGCCCAGGCGCAGGAUGAGGCGAGGGCACGCGCUUUGGAAUCAGGAAUACAGCCUCCGGGGGUAGAGCUUGACCGACCGGAGCCACCCUCCGUGAAGGCGCCGAGGAGCCCUGUUGUGCCUCCACCCGCGCCGCGCUCUCUCGGCUCGGCUAGCUGUGACUCCGUGCCUGGCUCUCCAGGAGUGUCACCGUACGCACCGCCGCCACCUUCCUCUGUGCCCCCGCAACCGACUAUACCACCGCUACUGCCGCCGCAACAGCCCGCGGUGUCGCUUGAAUCUUUAGUGGAAAAUUGUCAUAAGCUGUUAGAAAAAUUUCAUUAUUCGUGGGAGAUGAUGCCCUUGGUGCUGGUCAUCCUCAACUACGCGGGCAGUGACCUCGAGGAGGCGUCGCGGAAAAUAGAUGAAGGGAAGAUGAUCAUCAACGAGUACGCGAGGAAACACAAUUUGAACAUCUUUGAUGGUCACGAGCUACGGAACUCGACUCGCCAGAAAAUGCUGAGCGAAAUAAAUAAUAUAAGUGGUGUACUUUCGUCGUCGAUGAAGUUGUUUUGCGAAUGAUACUUAGUAAUACAAGUGCGGUUAUUAUGUGGACGCGUGCUGUGCUAUGCGAAUGUCGAACGAUAUGUUUUCACCGC